UCCCGGCUCAGGGGCUCCGUGGGUCCCUAUGGUGCUGGGGUCGGACUGGCGGGAGUCGGGGGGCAGCACCUCCUUCCUCCCUACGGAGUUCCCGGCAGAGCCCCGAGCCGUGUUCUCGUCCCGGGGCGUCCUCCGGCCGGGUGUCCCCCGGGUGUGCGGCCUUGGCGCCUGGAAACUGAUUUGCUGAGUCACGCGCUGCACUUUCUCCGGGACAGCUGUUGCAUGAGAAAGUCUUCUCGGGGCCCCGCUGUCCAGGGGCGGGUGCGCGUACCGGGAGGGUACGCCGGGGUGUGCCGGGAGGCGCCCCCACGGUGGGGCGGUGGCGGACUGAGCAGUGUGCUCGCCGGGCCCAGAAGCGGGGAGACGUCUGUGCCGGCGGCUCGUGGAGAGGACGGUGAAGCCCUACAGGCGGUUCUGGAGGACACAUGCCGGCGACAGGACUUCAACCCCAGCGAAUACGAUCUGAAGUUUCAGAGGAACGUGCUUGACCUCUCUCUCCAGUGGAGAUUUGCCAAUCUGCCCAACAAUGCCAAGCUGGAGAUGGUGCCCAUCUCCCGGAGCCGCCAGGGGCCCGAGAACACGGUUCGCAUUGCUCUGCAGCUGGAUGAUGGCACUAGGUUGCAAGACACUUUCUGCUCGGGCCAGACGCUCUGGGAGCUUCUCAGCCAUUUUGCACAGACCAGGUGAGUGUUGAACAGGCCCUGCCCUGACGGGUCAGCCGUGUGUCCUGUUCCCUCCUCACAGGUGGCUGGCAGAGCCUCCUUGCAGGCCACGACGCUCAAGUCCCUAGGCCUCACUGGGGGCAGCGCCAUCAUCAGGUUUGCCAUGAAGCCAUGCAGCUCUGCUGGGGUCUCCCGGAGCAAAGCCCCAGGAAGCCCGACCGCCUCCCUGUCGGCCGACCAGGCCGCCGGCAGCCCUCUGCUUCCGCUGGACUCCGCAGGGCUCAGCCAGGGGGACGUGAGCCAUCAGGAUGAAGCCGGCAUCUCAGGGGCCAGCCGUGUGGACGCUCAAGCCAAGCAGAUCUCCAAGGAGCCUGCCCCCACCCCCUUUGUUCCUUUCUCAGGUGGGGGGCAGCGCCUGGGGGGCUCCUCCGGGUUGGCCAAGUCUCUGAUGUCACCUUCAGCCAAAUUGCCCAAGUCUUUCUCCAGCCCCGGAGGCCCCUCCAAGCCGAAGAAGUCGAAGCCUGGCCAGGAGCCCCGGCCAGAGCCAGAGCCGCUGGUGGAUCGGGACCCCGUAGUGUGCCACCCGGACCUGGAAGAGCUGCUUCAGGCCUGGCCUACAGAGCUGCCGGACGAGUUCUUCGAAGUGACCGUGGAUGAUGUGAGGAGACGUUUGGCCCAGCUCAGGAGUGAGCGGAAGCGCCUGGAGGAAGCACCCUUAGUGACCAAGGCUUUCAGGGAGGCUCAGAUGAGGGAGAAGCUGGAGCGCUACCCUAAGGUGGUCCUGAGGGUCCUGUUCCCCGACCGCUACAUCCUGCAGGGUUUCUUCCACCCUAACGAGACAGUGGGGGAUCUGCACGCCUUCGUGAGAAGCCACCUGGGGAACCCCGAGCUGCCCUUCUGCCUGUUCAUCACUCCUCCAAAAACCGUCCUGGAUGACCCCACGCUGACCCUCUUUCAGGCAAAUCUCUUCCCUGCAGCCCUUGUGCACUUUGGAGCGGAGGAACCAACAGGCCUCUUCCUGGAGCCUCGGCUGCUGGAACAUACGGUCUCCCCGUCUGCAGCUGACGUGCUGGUGGCCAGGUGCAUGUCCAGAGCUGCUGGAACCCCACCCCCAAUGCUAGCCCCUGACCCUGCACCCCUUGAGGUGGAGCCAACGGCCGAGGCUGAGGCAGUGGGGCCCCCUGAACCCAGCACCGGCACGGCCCCGCCGGUCAGGAGGGAUCUGGGCAAGGUGCCCAAGUGGCUGAAGCUGCCAGCCAGCAAGAGGUGAGUGCCACCAGCCUGGAUGUGCCCUGUCUGCCAGCCACAGGACCCCUCUCCACCCUGAGUGGGAAUAAAGGUGUGAGCUGCUCGA